UAUUUCAGUGUGAAGAUCUCUGCUUUGACUUGAUGUCAACGGUUUAUGGGCUGGUUCCAAAACACUCAAAGGUAUCAAAGCACUCCAAGCAACCUCUGAACAAUUCAAGUGAGUCGUGUGUGUUUAUUUGAUAUGUUGGAGUCUACAGAGAAUCUUCAUGGAUUCUAAUGCUGACAUCAGUGCAAGAAGAGUGUCAGGAAUGGAUUGGCUCUGGAUGGUCUGCUUCUUUCAUCUAGUCACUUCGCUAGAAGAAAUACUUCUGGAUACAACUGGAGAAACCUCAGAGAUUGGCUGGACCUCUCACCCUCCCGAUGGGUGGGAAGAAGUAAGUGUCCGGGAUGAUAAGGAGCGCCAGAUCCGAACCUUUCAAGUUUGUAACAUGGAUGAACCAGGUCAAAAUAACUGGUUGCGUACGCACUUCAUAGAGCGACGUGGAGCCCACCGAGUCCAUGUCCGCCUACAUUUCUCAGUGAGAGACUGUGCCAGCAUGCGUACUGUGGCCUCUACUUGCAAAGAGACUUUCACACUCUACUACCACCAGUCAAAUGUCGACAUAGCCUCUCAGGAACUGCCAGAGUGGCACGAAGGCCCCUGGACCAAAGUGGAUACUAUUGCAGCUGAUGAAAGCUUUUCCCAGGUGGACAGAACUGGGAAGGUGGUAAGGAUGAACGUUAAAGUACGUAGCUUUGGGCCACUCACAAAGCAUGGCUUCUACCUGGCCUUCCAGGACUCAGGAGCCUGUAUGUCCUUGGUGGCAGUCCAGGUCUUUUUCUACAAGUGUCCAGCUGUGGUGAAAGGAUUUGCCUCCUUCCCUGAAACUUUUGCUGGAGGAGAAAAGACCUCACUGGUGGAGUCACCAGGGACAUGUGUAGCAAAUGCUGAAGAGGCAAGCACAACUGGGUCUUCAGGUGUUCGGUUGCACUGCAAUGGAGAAGGAGAGUGGAUGGUGGCCACUGGACGAUGCUCUUGCAAGGCUGGUUACCAGUCUGUUGACAGCGAACAAGCUUGUCAAGCCUGUCCCAUUGGUUCCUUUAAAGCAUCUGUGGGAGAUGACCCUUGCCUUCUCUGCCCUGCCCACAGCCACGCUCCACUGCCAGGUUCCAUUGAAUGUGUAUGUCAAAAUCACUACUACCGAUCUGCUUCUGACAAUUCUGAUGCUCCAUGCACUGGCAUCCCUUCUGCUCCCCGUGACCUCAGCUACGAAAUUGUUGGAUCCAGCGUGCUCCUGACCUGGCGCCUCCCCAAGGACUUGGGUGGCCGCAAGGAUGUUUUCUUCAAUGUCAUCUGCAAAGAAUGCCCAACAAGGUCAGCAGGGACAUGUGUGCGCUGUGGGGACAAUGUACAAUUUGAGCCACGCCAAGUUGGCCUGACAGAAAGUCGUGUUCAAGUCUCCAACCUACUGGCCCGUGUGCAGUACACUUUUGAGAUCCAGGCUGUCAAUUUGGUGACUGAGUUGAGUUCAGAAGCACCCCAGUAUGCUACCAUCAACGUUAGCACCAGCCAGUCAGUGCCCUCCUCAAUCCCUAUGAUGCAUCAGGUGAGUCGUGCUACCAGCAGCAUCACACUGUCUUGGCCUCAACCAGACCAGCCCAAUGGGGUUAUCCUGGAUUACCAGCUACGGUACUUUGACAAGGCAGAAGAUGAGGAUAAUUCAUUUACUUUGACUAGUGAAACUAACAUGGCCACUAUAUUAAAUCUGAGUCCAGGCAAGAUCUAUGUCUUCCAAGUACGAGCUAGAACAGCAGUAGGUUAUGGCCCAUACAGUGGGAAGAUGUAUUUCCAGACUUUAACGGGAGGAGAGCACUCGGAGAUGGCACAGGACCGACUGCCACUUAUUGUGGGCUCAGCACUUGGUGGUCUAGCUUUCUUGGUAAUUGCUGCCAUUGCCAUUCUUGCCAUCAUCUUCAAGAGUAAGAGACAAGAGACACCAUACACAGACCGCCUGCAGCAGUAUAUCAGUACACGAGGACUUGGAGUGAAGUAUUACAUUGAUCCUUCCACGUAUGAAGAUCCCAACGAAGCUAUUCGGGAGUUUGCCAAGGAGAUUGAUGUGUCCUUCAUCAAAAUUGAGGAAGUCAUUGGAUCAGGAGAAUUUGGAGAGGUGUGCUUUGGGCGCCUAAAACACCCAGGGAAACGUGAAUACACAGUAGCUAUUAAAACCCUGAAGUCAGGUUAUACUGAUGAACAGCGUCGAGAGUUCCUGAGUGAGGCCAGCAUCAUGGGGCAAUUUGAGCAUCCCAAUGUCAUCCAUCUGGAGGGUGUGGUCACCAAAAGCCGACCAGUCAUGAUUGUCACAGAGUUCAUGGAGAAUGGAUCGCUGGAUUCCUUCCUCAGGCAGAAGGAGGGACAGUUCAGUGUGUUACAGCUGGUGGGAAUGCUACGAGGGAUUGCAGCAGGCAUGCGCUACCUUUCAGACAUGAACUAUGUGCAUCGUGAUCUCGCAGCACGUAACAUCUUAGUCAAUAGUAACCUUGUAUGCAAGGUCUCAGACUUUGGUUUGUCCCGCUUUCUUGAAGAUGAUGCUUCAAAUCCCACUUACACUGGAGCUCUGGGUUGCAAAAUCCCCAUCCGUUGGACUGCCCCUGAAGCUGUCCAGUAUCGCAAGUUCACUUCCUCCAGUGAUGUCUGGAGCUAUGGCAUUGUCAUGUGGGAGGUGAUGUCCUAUGGUGAGAGACCUUACUGGGACAUGUCCAACCAGGAUGUAAUUAAUGCCAUUGACCAGGACUAUCGCCUACCACCACCCCCAGACUGCCCAACUGUUUUGCAUCUGCUGAUGCUUGACUGCUGGCAGAAGGAACGAGUCCAGAGACCAAAAUUUGAACAAAUAGUCAGUGCCCUAGAUAAAAUGAUCCGCAAGCCAUCUGCUCUCAAAGCCACUGGCACUGGGAGCAGCAGACCAUCUCAACCUCUCCUGAGCAACUCCCCUCCAGAUUUUCCUUCACUCAGCAAUGCCCAUGAGUGGUUGGAUGCCAUCAAGAUGGGUCGUUACAAGGAGAAUUUUGACCAGGCUGGUCUGAAUACAUUUGAUGUCGUAUCACGCAUGACUCUGGAAGAUCUCCAGCGUAUUGGAAUCACCCUGGUUGGUCACCAGAAAAAGAUUCUAAACAGCAUCCAGCUCAUGAAAGUUCAUUUGAAUCAGCUUGAACCAGUUGAAGUGUGAUGCUUUAAUUCUUUAUUUCACCAGACUCGAAUUCUGAGAGGAUUCAGAGGGAUUGUCACUGUAAGAGAAGGAAAUGGCAAGAUGCUCCUUGAAGACUUAUUGCACCUAGAGAGUAGACAUUACAUGUCCCAUUUCAUCAGCAAAAAGAGAAUCUUGCCAUGAUUCAAAAGCAGAGCUUUUAGCUCUGCUAGCUGGUGGUGUUUAAAUAUGGCUGGCAUACACUAGGAGUAGGUCAGGGGAGGGAAGGUUAUAGUAAUGCAGGGGGAGCUGGUAUAAUAGUUUGGACAGAUCACAAGCACCUGCUAGCUCUUCUCCACUAACUAAAAAUAUCAGACAAUUCUCCAAAUGUCAUCAGCAGGCUUUAUCUGUGACUGGGAACUCAACAAAGUGGUAAAGACAUAAAAGCCACAAAGAAAUCAGAAUUUUUCCAGAAGAAUAUCAGCAUAUUGUGAGAGAUUAUCACUCAGUUGGAAAUGGACAUUGCUUCCAUCUGCGGUAUGCCAGAAUAGUGAGAAAGUGGAGUUCCACUUAAUACAUAGUAUUGGUAAACAAUGAGAUACAUCACCUGGUAAUUUUUCACAGAGGUUGAGAGUAAAGGGGUUGAAAUUCUGUGCUAUAACAUACGCAGUUCUUGGGUCUGUCCCAUGAUCCAGAAGGGAAACUUACUAAUCCAUUGUUCUGAGGCAAGGAACAAGACUUAGAUGCAUAGCAUCUAUCUAUGGGAGUGUAAACAGAAUAAAAAAUAAUGGUUCGUAAAAUCCAUCCUGCUGAAUUUUCAAUUGGAGAGCCCAUUCUUGAGAAGAAAGGUGCAAGUUGCACUCAAUUCUGGUUUCAUUCUUUUCUAACUCUCCUCCAGUCCCUCCCCUCUACCCAGAUAUGCAGAUAUGGAAGGGAGUAACAGAAAUAAAUCUGAAGUCCUUUGCAAUGGAAAAA